AUGGCUGAACAACAAACUAUAAAAUUUACUUAUGUUCAUACUCAUCGAAUAUUACCGCCCGGAAUGCGAGUUACUACUCAUUGUGGGAUCAAACACCUUGAGGCGAUGCGUCGUGCUCUAGACCGAUACAAGUUAUUAGAUAGAUUCCUACAGGGCCCAUUAGGACAUUUCUUAAAGAUGCCUUUGUCUCUCCAUUUGACUGCACCACAAUUGAUAUAUCAUGUUCUACUUAGGGAGGUGACAUUUCCAGGUGCCCACCACGAUGAGAUGUGGUUCGAGAUUGGUGGCACACCAUAUAGGUACGGGAGGCAGGAGUUCAUACUUAUUAGUGGACUCCGAUUUGGGGCUAUUGAUAGGGAAAGCCUUGAACCGAAACCUAUUGAGCCGGAGAGUUUACGUAAUCGACUAUUUCCACAACAUAAGAAGGGGGUGACUGGAGACGACCUUGAAUUACUUAUUAGUACCAGAGAGGACAUGGUUUCAGAGGAUGCCCUGAAACUGAUUUACAUUGCUGUGGUCGAUAUGUUUUUGUUGGGCCAGGAUGAGCGCGGGCAUGUGGAUGAUUUCUUGUGGACUAUGGCUGAGGAUUUACAAGCAUUUGAGAUGUUCCCUUGGGGCACGUAUGUCUACAGUAAGAGUCAACAUUACAUCCGAUUGGCCACGAAAGAAAGAAAAUUGACUGGUGAAGGUGGGAAGAAAAUCAACCUUUAUGGUUUUGUAUGGGCGUUUCAAGCACGAGGAUCGAGUCAGACUCUUGAGCCCACUGAUGAUGAGCGGGAAAUGAAUUUUUGGAGAUCUUUUAACCCUCAACACUCGGUUGGGGUCGAUGUCUAUAAAUUUGGGGGCGGAGGGGGUGAAAAGGAGGAAGAGAAUGGCGGGGAUGAGGAUAAGGCGAGUAGGAUACAUUUAGAUGAGAAGGGAAAGGAAGAGAAUGGGGAGGAGAAGGAUAAGGAGAAGGCAAGAUUCCCUUAUAGUUCGCACCACGGACAAUACGAGGUAGGGAUAUGA